GCAUGUAGCUACAUUGGAAACUCCUCCACCACACCCUGGAGCUCUUCCCCGCUUGACCCACUCAUACCAGCUACUCCACCGCCCACCAUGCUCCUUGCAAGUCUGCGCUCGUCUGCCCUACGUGGCCUCCGCUCCUCCUCGCCUUCUUUCGUCUCGCCAUUGGGGGCAGGUAGACGCGCAAUGUCUCAAUACACCCUCUCCUCGUACAUCGUCACCCCCGCCGAGCUCAACACUGCUUUGCAGAAGAACGUCCACAGCAAAUUGUCCACCGCCCCCAAGGUCAUUCCACUUUGCGCAUCCUGGUUUCUCCCCAACGAUGGACGAAACGGCUUGGACACCUUCAAGGAAUGUCGGAUUCCUCAUGCGCGCUUCUUUGACUUGGACGAAGUCAAGGACCCCGACUCCAUCUAUCCACACAUGCUGCCUUCCGCCGCGCAGUUCGCAAAGGCAAUGGGCCGCCUUGGCAUCCGAAGGGACGACAGCGUGGUAGUCUACGAUACGAAGGAACUCGGUCUUUUCUCAGCACCCAGGGUGGGCUGGACCCUGCAGACCUUUGGUCAUCCCAAUGUCCACGUCCUGAACAAUUUCCGCAAAUGGGUCGACGAAAGCUACCCGACAGAGAGCGGCAUUGAAGCUCAUCCCACCGAGGUGGAAUACCCGGUGCCCCAACUCGACCAAGCCAAGGUGAUUGCCUUUGAAGAGGUCAAGGAGAUAGCCAAAGAGCUGGGCAAGGAGGGCGCCGAGGAGGUGCAGAUCUUGGACGCGAGGAGUCUCGGUCGCUGGAAGGGCACCGACCCAGAACCUCGUGAAGGCGUAUCUUCCGGUCAUAUUCCCUACUCCAUCUCCGUGCCUCUCCCCGAACUCCUCGAUCCCAACGAUAAGACACUGCUUCCUGCGUCCAAGCUGCAAGAGGUGUUCAAAUCCAAAGGUGUCGACCCUUCGAAGCCUAUCGUGAGCAGCUGUGGUACGGGAGUCAAUGCCGCCGUCAUUGAUGCUGCCCUCACAGAAGCUGGCUUCCCGCUACAAAACCGAAGAGUCUAUGAUGGAAGUUGGACUGAGUGGGCCCAACGAGUGCAUCCAUCCGAAAGUCUCAUUCGCAAGACCGAGUAA